ACUUCCUAACGUGGAGCGGAACCGAAACUUCCGAUAUUCCUGUGAAAAGAAGCAUUGCGCUCCGGCGUCGAUCGCCCUAUAUAUCUAACAAUAGACCUCCGAAAGGAGCUUACGGGGUUUCUUAUUCAGAAAGGCUCGCUACGUAGACUUUUUCGUCCGCGCGUGUGAGAGAUAGCGGGGUUGAGCAAAAAAGGGGCGUAGCCUCCGCUAUGGCAGGCCCUCGCAGGUGGUUGUUGUCAGUCCCUGGCAGCGGGUUAUGGCUACGGUGGUGAUGAAUGAAUUCUCCAGGAGGGAGAGGGAAGAAAAAGGGCUUAAGCGCCUCCAGCUCCCCGACUCGGGCCGCCGGAGCCUCCCCUGCAUCCGCGGCCGGUCCGGCUUCCUCCCCACACCGCCAACAGGCGGCGGUGGCUUCUCCUCACAAGCGGAAUCUCUACUAUUUCUCGUAUCCGCUUUUCGCCGUCUUCGCGCUGCUUCGUUUUCUCGCCUUCCAGCUCGGGCUGCUCUUCGCCUGGCUGUGCGAGCGCCUUUCCCGCGGCGGGGCGUUGAUGGCCGCCGCCAAGGGCACCAGCCGGGCAGGCGAUGCGCCCGAGUCGGUACGAACCUGUCACAAGCGCGCCUUCGAGUGCAUCUCCACGGCUCUGCGCAUCGACGAAGACGAGGCGGCAGGACAAAAGGAACAGGCUGUUGAAUGGUAUAGAAAGGGAAUCGAAGAACUCGAGAAAGGAAUAGCUAUAUUAGUUAUUGGUCAAGGAGACCAUUAUGAUCGAGCUCGUCGCCUCCAGUCUAAAAUGAUGACAAAUUUGGCAAUGGCCAAGGACCGUUUGCAGCUGUUAGAGAAGAUGCAGGCAGUUAAGCAAAUUCCCAAGCUGCAAAUGGAAGUCCGUAGUGACAAUACUAACCUGGUAUACCGCAAUGGACAUCUCCAGUCAGAAAAUGGAACUAUUCCGAAAAAGAAGGAUCCGUUGUCUCACAGUAGUAAUUCACUUCCUCGUUCAAAAUCUGUGGCAAAGGCUGGAUCUGGAGGAUUUUCUGGGCACCAAAGAACACCUAGUUAUACUGGAGUUUCUAAUUUUUCUGCACCUAGAGUUCCUUCAGCUGCUACUCAGAAGGCUACUCCAAAAAAUAAUAGAACCACCAAGCCUUCUACUCCUUCUACUGCUGUUCGAAAAAAGAAAGAUACAAAGAUUUUAAAAAAUGUGGAUAGUAACCUUGCUAAUCUUAUUCUCAAUGAAAUUGUAGACAGUGGGCCAUCUGUCAAUUUUGAUGAUAUUGCUGGGCAGGAGUUGGCUAAACAGGCACUGCAAGAAAUUGUUAUCCUUCCCUCACUUAGACCUGAAUUGUUUACAGGACUUAGGGCUCCUGCACGAGGAUUGUUGUUGUUUGGCCCACCAGGAAAUGGGAAGACAAUGCUGGCCAAAGCCGUGGCUGCAGAAUCAAAUUCAACCUUCUUUAACAUAAGUGCUGCAAGUCUGACAUCAAAAUAUGUUGGUGAAGGAGAGAAGCUAGUUCGUGCACUUUUUGCAGUAGCUAGAGAACUUCAGCCUUCCAUCAUUUUUAUUGAUGAAGUGGAUAGUUUAUUGUGUGAAAGAAGAGAAGGUGAACAUGAUGCUAGCCGACGUUUAAAAACAGAAUUUUUAAUAGAGUUUGAUGGUGUACAGUCUUCAGGAGAAGAUCGCAUUUUAGUAAUGGGAGCAACUAACAGACCACAGGAGCUUGAUGAUGCUGUUCUCAGACGAUUCACCAAAAGAGUAUAUGUAUCAUUGCCCAAUGAAGAGAAUCGACUGCUUUUACUAAAAAAUCUCUUGAGCAAACAAGGAAAUCCAUUAACCCAAAAGGAAUUGGCACAGUUAGCUAGAAUGACAGAUGGAUAUUCAGGUAGUGACUUAACAGCAUUGGCAAAAGAUGCAGCGUUGGGCCCUAUACGAGAAUUAAAACCUGAGCAGGUGAAGAACAUGUCUGCUAGUGAGAUGAGAAAUAUUCGCCUGUCGGAUUUCAAUGAGUCUUUGAAAAAAAUAAAAUGCAGCCUUAGCCCUCAAACCCUAGAAGCUUACAUUCGCUGGAACAAAGCCUUUGGAGACACUACAGUGUGAUCAAAGAACUUUAUCAAACAAGGGGAGAUUGUUGUCAGCAAGGGACAGCUGAUUCAAACUAAUGCUGACUGUUUGCAAGACAUCAGCAGUAUCUGCACUAAAAGGCAAGACUGAUUUGUAAUAGUUGAUGAUAAGCUCCCUAAAUUUAAUACUAGGAUUUAUACCCAACAAACUAUGAGAGCACAGUAAAACGGGGAAGAGAAUUCUACCAAAUGAAUGAUGGGAAAAAUAUACUUUGUGUCCUUUUUUUGGUAUUUUCUAAAAGUUGCUCAUGAUAUUUACUUUUGUUGUGUUUUUCUUAAUCACUAAGCCUUGUUUCAGUUUCUUGUGUAUGGAUAAUGUGCCAAAUUAAACAUAAACCCAUAUGCCUAAGAAUAUUAUUUUGAAAAAUCCACAAUAUAAAGCAUCUAUGUAGUCUGUUUUUUCUCUUUGUGAAGUCCCAGAGUCAAUAUAGUAGUACAACAAAUUGGUAUGCCAAAUUGGUUAAAGUUAUCAAUUUUUCCCUGCAGGAGUUUUCCAGUACAUUUAUAAAUAUCCAUAGUAGCAUCUUGUUUUUGAAUCAUAGUCCAAAUGUGAAAUAGUAUUAAUUUAAAUCAAUGACAGAUUUUUCCUUCAGUGCUAGUUUUUGUGACCACAAUGACCAAGAGCCAGGCAAUUUUCCAUUCUGGUGAUUUUCUAAGAUAUGCAAGUGAUCAUAGCUGUAAUUACUUGUUUAAUUGGCCUUCUAUAUCCACCUGCAUUUCAAUUUAUAGUUAUACAACCAUUUAAAUUUUUUUUUAUUAAAUGACUUGUAAUAUAAUGGGCUUUUAAUAUUAAAGGAACAGAUGGGUUUACUUCUCUGUCUAAUAUGAUUGGUGUUUACAAAAUGAAUAAUUUAUUCAAUUGUAUGUUUGCUAUAAUACAAAGGGUAUGAAUUAGAUACAUGAGUAAAGACUAAUUCAUUUUUUACAAUUUAGUAGUCGUGCAAAAAGGAUAGAAAAACAGAGACAGAAGAGUAACAUUUCUGUUAAAAUGUUAUCAUUGGUUUUUGAAAGGUACUUUUGAACUUGAAGCAGGAUUUUAUGAACUUUAUUUAAAUUUUAUUUGAUAAUACAUACUAUUUGCAAAUCAACAAUACUCCUAAUCUUAAAUUAAGGUUUUCUCAUGUCUAGAGAUCUUUUCAGUUGCUAUCUUAUAGAAGAAAUUAUGCCUAUGUGCAAAGGCAAAUCUAAAAAAAUAAUAUAUUGUUCAAUUAACAGCUGUUACUAAAUCUUUGUAUGAAGAUAAACCAUCACAGGUUUAUUUAAAACGCACUAAAAUAUAUUACUUGGCUCUUACAGCUUGAUUAAACAUGGCAAGUAUUUUAAUAUCGAAAACCAAUAGUACAUUAAUUGUGAUUUAUCUUUCUUUGACAAUUCGGAAAUCUAGGUUGCAUACUAUUGUGGAUACUCUUUAAUAUACUUCUCUCUUUUCUUCCAAUUUUCUUACACGUAAAGUGUGUGUGUGGGUAUGUACAGAUGUAUGUCUCCAACUUCAACAAAUAUUUGUAAGAUGUACCUAUUAUGGAAUAAAUUUAAAGUCUCUUUUCCUGUUUUAUCUUUGAAAUAAUUUCAAGACCAUAUUGAUGCAUCUGAAUACAGAAAUACUGCAUAGCAUAAACAUUCUUGCUAAAGGUAAAUGGUAAAGAUGUUUGUUACAUCUUUAAAGGACAUUUCUGAAAGACUGACGACACUAGCUACUCCUGUACAUUUCAACUCUUCAUACUGGUACAGUAUACAAUAAAGUCAUUAUACAGUCUUAUUUAAAGUUGUAUUAGUUUUAAUCCCUGAACAAAUUAUACUUGCCUAAAGCUGCCUGAUCACUUAACUCUUCAUUCUAAAAUUGGAUAAUCUAAUCCAAGGACAUUGAACAUUUUAUUUGUUCCCCUGAUGUAGUAAACCUUGUGGUUGUCUGAAGUCUCAAUUAAAAUU